UGUUUUUCAGUGUUCAGCGUGUUCAGUGAUACGGUAAAAUCGGUAAAAGAGAAGAAUCCUCCGUGCACGACAGGAGAAUGGAUUUUUCGGCCCACGCGACAACACAUUGCGCUUCAAUAGCAAAUAUGGCAGGCAGAGGUGUACAUGAUAAUAAUAGAUAUGGAGGAGAGCGGGCCCGUAGACCGCUUCCAACGGAACCACCGUACAUUGCGUACGUGGGAAAUUUACCGCAGGGCGUUGUUCAAGGUGAUUUGAACAAAAUUUUCCAUGAUUACACCGUGAAGAACAUUCGCUUGGUCAAAGAUAAGGAAACCGAUGUAUUCAAGGGCUUCUGCUAUGUAGAAUUUGGCACGCUGGACGAGUUGAAACAGGCCUUGGAUCUGGACGGGAUGAUUGUGCUUAACGAUAAUAUGGCCCCGCUCAGAAUUGACAUAGCGGAGCAAAAAAAGAAUGACCGUGGUGGCUUCAACAAAAGAGGUGGAGGAGGCGGCAUAGGCCAGCAAAAUCGCGGCGGACCAGGCGGGUUCAGUAACAAAGGAGGAAACCCGAACAACCGGCAAGGCGGUGAUAGAAACUACGGUAAUGACAACUAUGGAAGAAAUGACUUUGAUAGAAACCGCGGCCGCCCCAAUAAUUAUAACGAUCGUGGACCGAACCGUGGUAGAUAUGGUAACUUUAGUGACGAGCUUCGUGACGGCGGACGAGAUGGAGGAAGCCGAGAUGACUGGAGCCGAGAACACGAUGGCCGUGGAAACGAUAGGGGAGAUAACUAUAACCGUGGUGAUGGUGAUCGCUUCGGCCGAUACGCAGGUGGAAGCGGCGUUGUCGGAGCAACAGGAGGUGGUGUCCGUAGGGACCACCGCGAUAGUGACAGAAGAAAAGAACCAAAUCAAGCACCAUCCGCACUUAGUUUGGCGGAACGAGACGCUGGUAGACCCAAGUUGAACUUGAAACCACGAACUGUGGCUACACCGUUGAAUGCCCUAGCUGAAACAAAACAAGCGGCCGCUAUUUUUGGCAAUGCACGGCCCCGCGAGGAGAAAGUGGGUGAGGGAAGUACGUCGGAAGACUCAGAACGUAAAACGUCUGUCUCUUCAUCAACGGGAGAUGAUAAGCACGAGCCCAACUAAAGCUUUUCUUUAGUUUGUUAGUGUUAACUUUUUAGUUAUUUUUCCUUUUAUCAAAUGAGAGCGAAAGUAAAACAGUUUUUUUUUUACUAAAAUGCAUAUAAAUAUAGGAUGAAAAGCAGGAUUGCAAUGUGAAAUUACAAAACCAUACAUGAAAAUACAUGCAUACCUACAAGAAACUAUAAAAACCUAACAUAGACAUAUGUGUUUAAUUUAUGUUUUGAUUUUUACGCUUUUUUCUACGAUUUAAUAAAAAUAAUAUUAAAGAAAAUGCAAAAAAGAAAGAAUGAAAUACAGAAUAAAAUGUAAUUAUACUGCAAAUAAUUAUGAGACAGUAAAUUAUAUUAACUACUCUAGCACAUUGAUAUACUGCAAACCUAAAAGUUUAAAAAAAAACUUCUCAAGAGAAAAGCUGAAAACUGGAGUCUUACUAUAAGAAAAAUCUUUUUGAGCUAGUGAAACACUGUAAUAGUUAAACAGGCGAGUCGAGUAUUUAGCGCGUUUCUGAAAUUGUUUUACCCAAAAGUUUGCGUUGUCCGUUUUCUUUUUGCGUAUGAAGUGUUUUAAUUAGGAGGAUAUUUGAGACGAUUCAAUCAGUAGUGUAUGAGAAAGUUAUUGUUUAGUAGAAGAUUUCAAUGGCAAAAACGUUUAGUUCUUACAGUUGACGAUACUGUGAGCGCUGAAUUCGAUAGCUUUAUGCAGCUAAAGUUGCUUUACAUUGCGUUAGAUUUAACCGUCGGACAUCAGUAAAUGAGUUGUGAUUUGAUUUUUCUGUUUCCAUAUUCGAUUCAUUACGCCUCUGAAACUAGAAUAUUUUCAACACAUUAUGCACGAUUCGAUUCGCUUUUGAAAGGUUAAAAUUUUGGAAAUAAAUUCAAGGGCAAAAAUGUAAAAAAAUGAUAAGCAUAAUAUACACUCUUAUCUUUAA